GAAGGCGGUUACCCAUACUGUGAGCUUGGUGGUGUAUGGAUACAUGGGUGUAUAUAGUCUUAAGCGAAACCUGGAAGGUAGGCAGUCAAUCGUAAUAUAAUGGGUUAAAAGCUGUACAACAGAUUAGAAAGAUGUGCAAACAAGCCAUGUGAUCUUUUUCAAAGAAACAGUGCAUACAUUCUAAACCUGAUGACGAGCACAGGAAGAAGGAGGAGGAAUAUCCACCGUUUAGACAGAUAACCUUGUUGAAUUGUUUCCAACCGGCACUAGAUGGUCGUUAGCUGAUAGGAUCGAUUUAUGUACCCUUUGAACGGAGGAUCCACAAACAAGAAUCAUGUCCUAAUUGUUAAAUGACAUCUGCCAUAUUUGGCACACAAAAAUGUGAGACCAUCGAUAAUCAAAUAUUUCAAAGAUGUCUACCUGACAUAUUAUGGCAUUUGAAAUAUCGUUAUCAACAUUUAACUCUGGAUUACCGGAUAUGAUUGAAAUCCAAACCGAGAAUCUUCGUUUUUAACAACUAUUGUACACAAAAGGCUGUAUUAGAGAUGACGUCUACUGGCAUUGUACAGCGACCUGCCCUAACUGUGAAGCCAGAACAUGUCUUGCGAUCAACUGACACUAAAGCUAAACUUCUACAAAAACCCGUUAGUACUGGUGUUGUUUAAAUCGUGUAACAUGAUUUAAACAUAUCCCUAGUGAUAUUUAAGAAAGGAAUCGGUAUCACAUAAAUUACAGAAAAUCAAUUUCCACAUGUCCUGGUGAACAAUGCAAUACAUCUAAACUAAAUGAAGUGUGAUUCACAGUGAAGAACUUUCUCAUACUCUAAUCAAACGAAUAACAUGUCACGAGGACCAAUAAACGAAGUGAUCCACAAGAUCAAUUCUGAAAACGAGAACAAUGGGAAGGCUUUGGUAUCGAAACCUGGUCCAAAAACAUUACCGAAAACUGGUCGUGGAGCAAGACCACGCAAUGCAAACAUGGCAUAUAAGGAGGUAAGCAUUUCGGGAAACCAUGUACAGGACAUUGCAACUGCAACUGCUGAGGAAAAUGCUGUACUUGUAUCUUUAUCUAUACACCCAAGCUCAAAUUCGACCGAUAUUCAAGGAAAAGAUUGGGUAUCAUACCAAGCAGAAUCGAAGUUUCUAUCUCCUGUAGAAAGCAAAGAAAAUAUACAAGAAAAAAAUGGAGUGUUACAUGCAAAUGUUCCGAAAAGUAUUAGUCAAAUGCAAAGCACAUCAUCAAAACAGCAAUAUAUAUACAAUAUCAAUGUUGUGAACAGAGACCAUGACAUGGACUUGAAACCCAGAUCAAAACCGUUACCGAAACCUAGAUAUGUACGUGGAGCAAGAUCAAGCAACACGGCAGUACUUUCUUCAACGUACAGUGCACAAUCGCCUGAAACCACAAAACAUAUCGACUAUUCUUUGCCAAAAGCAGGAAUCCAUGUUAAAACAAUGCCUGAAUACCCAAUAAGACAAUUUGAAACAGACUCGGAAUUAAAUGAAAAUGAUUAUAUACUCGAGUUAGAUAGCAAACCUACAGUUGCUAAAAAGUCAACCGUGACGUAUGUAAACUGGCCCAUACCUGCACAUGUCGUAGAAAAUCGUGGGGAAAACAGUCCUUAUGCUUGCAGAGUUGUGACAACAGAAAAAUACAGCAUGCCAGAGGAUCGGUUCUUAUCUCAAACUACUGCAGAUAGCGGAAUAGAGGAAACUGUUAAAAAUCUUUCAAAAUGUCAAUCAAAGCCUAGAGAAACUAAUGGAAUUAAUUUAUCUGAAAAAAUGACUGUUUCGGAUACAGCAAAUCCGAAAAUCGAAAAUAUCACAGAGGCAGAUAUGAGCAAACGCAAUCAAGCAAAUGGAAUUAUGCAAGGACCAUCACCUUACCACAAAUUGCUUGGGGGCACAACAGCGGAAUCCAACCAAAAGACAGCCAACCAGUAUGUUAACAGGUAUAUAACUUCAAAUGGAUCAGGACGAAUGAAAGUAACUUUUGGUACUAACGAUACAACCAUGGAAUGUGAUGGGGCGAAUUUUUCGGGAAAUACUGUACAGGACACGGAAACCAUAACAGUUAAUCUGUCAUGUAUUCAAAACAACAAUCGGACAUCAUACCAAACAGAGCCGAAGUUUGCAUGUAUUCUUGAACAAAAUGAAACAACGAAACAAGAAAAAUGUAGAUUUUUACAGGCAAAUUUUUCCACAAUUACAAAAAACAUGCUUUAUGCAUCAACACAAUCUAUGUGCAAGAACAAAUCAGCCAAGGCUGUGAACAAUGAGGCAGCUUUAGCAAAACCUGGUCCGAAACAAAUACCUGGGUAUGUACGUGAAGCAAUACCAAAGGCAACAACUUCCACAAAGAACGAAGCAAUCUCGCCUAAAACCACAUCAAACAUAAAUUGCUCUUUAUCAAAAGUUGAAAUCGAUACAGAUUAUCAUCCAAACAGUACAAGGACAUGUGAAAAUGAACAAGAUGCUACUGAUCUCUGUUAUUCAGAUAAUUUACUCAACCUACUACCAACUUCAAAAACGGCAUAUCGUGAAAAACGCCCAGUACCUUUACCUCGAAAAAAGAAACUUGCUCGAGCUAAUAGUAGAAUUAAGAUCUUUGGCGGACACAUGCAAAGAUUUUCUUUGGAACAAAACGUUGGUAUCCGAAAAAAUAGUAGAAUCGACCAACAUGAAUCUGGCACGGAAUGUGCAAGUAAAACACUGCCUAUCAGCGAUGAAGUAAUGUAUAUAUCUCCCCGUCGUCUAACUCGUCAACAAAAUGGAGUUAGACGUUACCAUAUCGUUUUUGACAAUCCUCUGUACAUGACUAAAGUCUCUGAAGUUCACACAAAAUAUCCAAGUUACAGACACAGGGAACACAGUCAUAAUUUUGUUGAGGCCUACCCACCAAGAAUUCCCCCAAAACAACGUCCAUUCAAUGGAACACACACUUCCACAUUAGGAAAUAUGUCUUCAAAUUUCGAACUCCAACUGAAAAAUGAUGACCAAGCAUCAGUAUCGGGUAACGAAAAACAUUCUAACUGUGGAUGCGUGUACAACAACCUUGCUGAAUGUGAUGAAAGAGAAACUCCGCCUAAAAUUCCUCCUAAGCAACGGCCAUUCCAUUCAAGAGCAAAUGAAGGGGUGUGGUCAAACCCUGCUGUCGCCAAUUAUUGAAGAAAAUCUGUCAUCUGAGCUGCCAAUUAAACUUCAGCGUGCUAUUCUCUCAGAGAGUUUACCGGAUAAUCACAUUAUUUCUUGGCGCUCCUACGGCAUUAAAUCUAUCUGUACCAUUUAACGGCGACAAUGUGAAACUUACGGUGCUGCCAACUGAUGAGGCUAAGGGAACGAGAUAUGUUAACGAAACUUUUAGUACAAAUACGACAGAUGCCAGGGUGGAAGAAAUGCCACUCCCCAAACCUCGUACUAGAAAGCCAAAGAAUAUCACUGAAGCUGAUAGCGAUAUAGGGCCCCGACUUCCUCCUCGACUUUAUAGGACCUACAUGUCGCUUGAUGAACAUUUUCAAGGAUUAUCGGUAUCUGAAUCGAUUAUGGAAACGAACGAAAGUAAUCCCUGUGAUAAAGGCAAAGCAGAUCACAAUAUUGAAUAUUCAAAUAAUUGCUUCCAAAAGCAAAUGGAGGCCGCCUCAAACAAGAAAUCUGCAUUAUAUACAGCGAAAAAUAUCGGAAACAUGUCUUCAGCCAAAGACACUCCUGGUAAGCAGUCAAACAAAAAUGAGGUUUACGAUUAUGCAUGUUGCGAUACGAUAUCUAUUUACGCCGACAUAGCUGAACUGUACAUACCAGAAAAAUCCAUGGUCGAGAAUUCGCACAUUUACGAACAGGUGGAUCCUACGGAGAUACAAGACAAGGGAACAUUAACCCCAGGAAAAUGUGGUGUUAAACAUAAAACCAGCAAAAGCAAAGAUUAUGAUUAUGAUUAUGAUUAUCCAGAUUGCAACAAGCUUUCCAGAUUAGCUAAAGCUUACGAAAAGUGGUGUCUGUCUUUAUGUCCAAAAUGUCGGCAGAAGCCCAGAAAUUAUAGUCGUACCAAAUCAUGUUUGAAGUGCAGAAUGCAGAAGACUGGUGGGAGUUUUAAGAGCAAAGAAUCAACUUCAGCGAGUACAUCUGACAGAAAAUGCUCCUUUAAAAAUGAGUCGAAUGGCUCACAUCAAGCAAAAGCACGACAUUAUACGGCAUGUUCGUGUGAAAACGGUUCACGUGGAUCGCACUCUUCCUGUUCAUGCAGCUCACACGGUGUGCCGGCGUGUUCUUGUGGAAAUAGCUCAUGUGGAUCAGAGAACUCGUUACCAUGCAGUUCACGGCAUCAUGUACCAGUAUGCUCGUGUGGAAAUAGUUCCUGUGGAUCACAGAAUUCAUUAGCAUGCAGUUCAUUUUGUGCACAGGCCUGUUCCUGUGGAAAUAGCUCGCAUGGUUCACAUAAUUCAGCGUCAUGCAAUUCACAUUUCGUGUCGGCAUGUUCUUGUGCUAAUAGCUCGUGUGGAACGUACAAUUAUUGUCCAUGCAGCUCACGACAUUAUACCUCAUGUUCUUGUGGAAAUAGUUCGUGUGGAUCAUUAAGCUCUUGUUCAUGUAGUAAUGUGCAAAAUUCAUGUGGAAACAGUUGCUGUGGCUUUCGCAAUUGUUGCUCAAGUGGUUCAGUAUGCCACAUGGCAUGUUCAUGUGGGAACAGUUCUGAUGGGUCGAGUCAAGUCGGUUAUUUUGAGUGUCCACCAUAUGGGAAGAGUGCAGAUACGCGACACCAUGCUUCUUCAUGCAAAGCAAAAUAUGCUUUGGAUACAAAGUGUUGGAAAGGAAAUGAUCAAAGAGAAUUGGAUAAUAUUUUCUCCAUGGUAUAUUUCCCAGGCAAUGCCAGAUCGCCAACUUUCUCUAAAUAAUAGUCAAGUUACCAUCUGCUUGUUUUGCCAAGAUGAAAUGAUUAUCGCAGUGUAUGUGUUAUGUUCAAUUUCAUCGAGGUCCAGAGGGUCUGAAUCUCUUGGUGCUUUUGUUGAAUCAAACAUACCCAUGUACGUGGUCACACGUUUCUUAUAUUCACAAAAAGGACCUUGAAAAUAGGCCAACGUCAUUUAUAAGCCGAAUAUUUUUUCAUGAUUUAUAUCAGGAAAAAUUAUGUUGUCUAAUCAAAAUAUCAUUUCAUGGAUGAAAGUCUCGGAAUCUUAAAAUGCUGAAAUACCGGUUUAUGCAAAAAUGCAACACAAACAUGAAUGGGGAACAAAUUUCCAAGAUACUGAAAAUUUUUCAUCCAUUUCGCGUUUUUUUUUGUUUUCUUCAAAAUAUCUUAAUAACAAACAAAUGUUAGUUUGUUCGACCAAAUUUGUUAUUUCAAAAUAUUAUUUCUUCUAAAGUUGUCAGUAAAUGGGCCCUGUACUUUCCUGAGCUUUAGCUUGCCUUGUAAAGGGGAGACGGCGACGACAAUUUACCAAAUUUUAAUCUAUCGCCAAAGAACGUCUGAUAAUUAACUACACUAGGGAAUGUCCAAUUAUACACAUAUAUGACCUAUGUGACCAUGGCUGAUGUGCGACUUGUACCAGAGUUAUGAGUGUACAACUCGUAAAUAAUGAUUUUCUGCACGAGUUACAAUGUAUAUAGGGGUUGUUGAACUUGUUUCACGGUAAAGUUCUUCAAUAUAAUCGGUCGUAGUCAGAAAAGGGAGACAAUCUCAUAGAGCCCACAUGAAAGAUCCUUUUUUAAAGUAUGCUUUGUACAUUUAGAUAAACAUUACUUUUCUAAAUUUGUGAUAGUCAAAUGUGUCGUGCUUUUCUGCUACAACAGCAGUUAAUAUACAUAUGCUUUAGAAGAAUAAAAAAUGAUAUGGUACCCAUACUAUCAGAAUCCAUGAUUAUGAAAUUUAUUCCAUAAGCAAUGGCAAUAAAUAAAAUAGUUUGCAAAAAUAGAUGUUUUUAUGUCGUCUUUAUUAAUCUUCUGGAAUAGUAUUCAAGAACAUUUUCUUGAUUUAUACAGACUUACAUAAUAAUAUACUGUAUAGGCCUCAGAUGUAUAACAUCAAAAAUUCAAUUAUACCACUAUAAUCAGUUUUGAAAUCCUUAAAUCUUAAUGAAGCAUGUUUUCCCAAAAGUUUGCAUGUCGAGAAGUAUUAUUCAUAUUGAAUAUUUUUGACUUAUUUUCAGCUAUCAAAAUUUUGCUUCAAGCUUUUUAAAACGCACUGAUGUUUGUCCACCAAUAACAAUAUUGCUAGUGACAGUAAUGUUGGUAAAGGAUUUACUGCUUUCGUAUCUCCCAGUUGAUGUUAACUAAGUUGUUAACCAAUUGGAGAAGCAUAAAGAUAUUAUAUCAAUUUCUCAAAAUCUUAAGGUUUUUAACCCAAAAAUACAUUUUUUUUAAAUUCAUGUAAUAUGUAGGGUGUGUUGAUAUAACCAUACUAUAAUGCAACUAUAUUCCUGGUUUGGUUGAAAUAAAAUUCAUUGAUACUUUUUGAGAAACUGAGCUAAGCAAGAACCUUUGAAGUCAGCAUCCACUAUAUCCGGAGUCACUGGACCACACAAUCUAGAUGAUACUCUGUAAAGGGAAGGUUGCAUUGAGAUGUCCACUUUGUGAUCCAACUAUACACCAAGUUUGGUAGAAGUUGGGCUUAUACUUUUUUAAGCAACAGACCUUAACACAAAACUUCAAAGUUAACUGUUGAUAAUGCUGCAAUUGCCGUCGGAAAAGAACACGAUAGUCUUACUUCGCAACUUUGUCACAGACGAUAAAUACUAAAUAAAAGAUUCAAUCUUUGAAAUUUUGAUGCACAUUCAUUGGGACAUUGAUGACGUGAUUAAAAUGUUUCACAUAAUCUUA